AUGAAAGAAAUAUAAUAAGAAAUUAUGAUUAAUUAAGAUGAAAUGGAAAAAGAAUUUAGUUUACUUGAUUUAAAUGACAUAGAAGAGACCUAGUUUGAUAAAUUUGUAUAUAAUCAAUCAUUUAUUGAAACUCAUUUUGAGAAUUUGAAAUUUUAAAAUUAUGAUAUAACUUAAAAUAGGGAAUCUUAGUAAUGGCAAAUUACAAUUACUUUAGAAUAGUAAGUUAAUUAAAAUACUUAUUUAGGUAUUCAAGCAAAUUUUUAGCAAUAUGUACAACAACAAUAAAUUUUUUAAGAAAACGAUUGGAUUGUAAAUCUUAUAUUGCUAAAUCUGAUGGACAGUUCAUUUAAGUAAAAGAGAAAGUAAGUUUAUUAAUUAUUAAUUUUUAAGUAUAUUCAAAGAUUAUUAGCAAAAUAUUUUUGUAAAAUUAAUAAUUCUUUGAGAUUUGCAUGUUUUAGUAUAGAAAAUGAGACUGGUUAAAUUUAAUUAAAACUAAAUUCCAUAUUGAUUGAAGAAUAUUGGACAGAUUUAAUGUAAUUAGAUCCAAUGCUUAUAAAUGAAUCAAAUCAUCCAUUAUUAAAAUUACUAAAUAUGCUGCAUUAAACAAGUCAUUAUGCAAUUGGAUAUCAUAUUUAUAGAUUAAUGCAUUUAAUAAAUAAAUUAUCUUAUAAAGUCUUUCCAUUUCUAGAAUAAAAAUUAUAAGAUCAAUAUCGUAAAAUCCAUCCUUAAUUCGAUAUUUAUUUAUUAAGAAUUGAAGAAAUUAUUGAAGAGUAAUCAAAUUAUUUUAUUUAUUAGUAAAUGUACAAUAGAAAUAAGUGAAGAUGAGAUAAAAUAGUUUUAAUAGCAUUUCAUAUAUCCCAAAUAAAUGAAUCCUUAAUAUAAAAUUAUAAAUAAGAUAAGAUUAUUAAAUUCUGAAUAAAUAGAUAAAUCUGAAAUUAUAUCAGAAGGAGAAUUUUCAAUUCUUAAAAAAGGCUAAUUAGAUUUUACUUUUGAAUAUACUCUAGAUUAAUAAACAACUAUGUCAAUAUCAAAUAUGAAUACAGAUAAAUCAGAAAUCUAGGUAAAAUAAAUGGAUAUGAUGAUGAAUCAAGACUAAAUUUAACUUUAAUCAACUAUAAAAAGGACAAUAGUGACCAAAUAAAAUAAGCAAAUUAAAUAGGAUAUAAAUGUAUAAUAAAAUGAGAUUUAAAAAAAGAAACAAUCAAGAAAUUUUGUAUAUGAGAAAAAAAUACUGUAUAAAAUUUAAUUGAAGAUUAUAGUUAAAUUUUGUCAUAACCUUUGAUUGAUAAAAAUUAAAAACUAGUUUAAAAUGGAUAUUGUCCAUAUAUUGCUUAAUAUUAUAUGACAAAUUAGAGAGAUGAAUAUGAUUAAUUUUUAUUUAUGGAAUUCUAUUAGAAUAUGUCAUUAGACAAUUUCACAUAGAAAUUUCAAGCUACUUAGAGUUUAAAUACUAGAUUAUUUAUACUUUUUUAGAUUGCAAAUGCUUUAAGGUAUUUGUCUUAAUAUGGAGUAAUUCACAAUAAUCUAAUACCUAAAAAUGUAUUGGUACUGUUUAUAUUUAUUAGAGAUUUCAAAAAAUUAUUUUGUAAAAUUGAAAGAUUUUGGUUAAGCCAUGUACAAAUAAGGAGAUUAGAUUUAUAUGUGUGAAAAUUAUGGAGGUACACUACCUUAUGUUGCACCUGAAGUUGUUUCUAUAGAUAACUAAAAAAAUAAUUAAAAUAAAAUUGGUCAUAAAUCAGACAUUUUUUCUUUUGGAAUGUUGAUGUAUGAAUAUUUAUUUGAAUAAUAUCCGAUUGUAAUUAUUUAUGACGUAACUUGA